CGGUUAGUGGUCGUCCAUGCUCGAGCAACGGGGCAACUACGCCAGGAUGUGGCUUGAAAGGGAUCAAUACAUACCGCUAAGAUACCGCUAAGAGGUACCCCCGCCAUGGUGGAAGCGUCUAUUUUUGCUUAGGAAAUACUAAAUAUUCAUGCACUUAAUGCAUUUUCGACGUAUGUACCUCGCAAACUCCCAGGGCCCGCCUGCGCUUCCUUGUUUCCUUCGACCACAAAAUUUCGUCCAACCUUUUUCUCUUCUGCACCUAAUACGAUCGAUCUUUCACCACCCCCAAGCAUCACUCUACUGAAGAAAGGCCGUAUCUUGAAUCGCUCAUUAUCCUCACGCCAAAAUGAGUGACGCCCAGGCGACAGAGGCUGAGAAGAACAUUGAGAUAUGGAAGGUCAAGAAGCUGAUCAAACGCCUUGAGGCUGCUCGAGGAAAUGGCACCAGCAUGAUUUCUUUAAUCAUCCCUCCCAAGGAUCAGAUUUCGCGCGCAGCAAAGAUGUUGGCUGAAGAAUAUGGAACCGCCUCGAAUAUCAAGUCUCGUGUCAACCGACAGUCUGUGCUUUCCGCCAUCACCUCUACCCAGCAGCGACUUAAGCUGUACAACAAGGUCCCUCCUAACGGUCUUGUUGUCUACUGCGGUGAAAUCUUGACUUCGGAAGGAAAGGAACGAAAGGUCAACAUCGACUUUGAGCCCUUCAAGCCUAUCAACACUUCCCUGUACCUCUGCGACAACAAGUUCCAUACCGAAGCCUUAGCCGAGCUGCUUGAAUCCGAUCAGAAAUUUGGUUUUAUUGUCAUGGAUGGUAAUGGUGCUCUUUUCGGUACUCUUAGCGGAAAUACUCGUGAUGUUGUUCACAAAUUCUCGGUUGAUCUACCCAAGAAGCACGGUCGUGGUGGACAAUCUGCCCUUCGUUUCGCGCGUCUCAGAGAAGAGAAGCGACACAACUACGUCCGAAAAGUUGCCGAGUUGGCUGUUCAGAAUUUUAUCACGAACGACAAGGUCAAUGUUGCUGGUAUCAUCCUUGCUGGUUCUGCUGACUUCAAAAACGAUCUCAAUGCCUCGGAUAUGUUCGACAACCGGCUACAGAGCAAGGUUAUUAAGGUUGUCGACGUGUCGUACGGUGGCGAGAACGGCUUCAACCAAGCUAUCGAGUUGUCUUCUGAGACUCUGGGAAAUGUCAAGUUUAUCCAGGAGAAGAAGCUCAUUGGCAAGUACUUUGAGGAGAUCAGCCAGGAUACCGGCAAGGUCUGCUAUGGUAUCGAGGAUACGCUCAAGGCGCUGGAGCUCGGCGCAGUGGAGACGUUGAUCGUCUUCGAGAAUCUCGAGAUUACGCGAUGGGUCCUUAAGGAUAGCAACAACGCUGAGAUCAUUCUCCACACUACUAAGCAGCAGGAGACUGGUGACCGAUCCAAGUUCAUGGACAAGGAAACCGGACAGGAGAUGGAAGUAGUUUCCCAGGAUUCUUUCCUCGAGUGGAUUGCAGAGCACUACAAGGAUUUCGGAACCAACCUAGAAUUCGUAUCGGAUAGGUCGACCGAAGGCAAUCAGUUCGUCAAGGGAUUCGGUGGUGUUGGUGGUAUUCUCCGUUACAAGGUGAACUUCGAGCAGUUGGCCGAAGUGGAUGACGAUGAUGACUACUACGACGAUUGACAGUUUGAGGAAUCCCUCGUUCUCGACGAGGGGCAAGCUCAAGCUGUCCCAUCUAAGCAGGCACCUGUCGUGAAAGCACCGGAGCGUCCGCUGCCGCAACCCCCCGCGCCAGCCCCGGCGCCAGUCUCCGGACCAGCGCGAAAAUCAAAGGCAACUUCGUUCGCUCAGCGACGUUUAGCGAAAUCUGGCCCCGCAAAUUCGGAACACACGGCCAGACAGGUGGCGACACCUAGCCCGCUUCGCUCUAUGAUGAUGGCUUGAGUUAACUUAUGGCAUAGAAAGGAGGUAUGACUUUCACAGCUAUAGCAUAGUGAGACAUGUGACUAACGCGGAUCGCAAAGAUGCUAUACCUGGGGGUCUAUCAAAUGUCCAGAGUUGUUGGACCUGCCUACAUCAUAGAGCUUCAUCCUUUAAGCAGUCGAGCAAGUGCGAUAUGACAAGCUUGCUCGCCUCACUGCAAGUUUGACACACUAGUAUAUUCUGUUUCUUGUUAUACUGGACAGUUGUUCCCAGAUAUUGCGUUGCGUUUAGAGUUGGUAUUUGCGAAAUGAUUUCGCAGUGGCAAGCCACUCAUCACACUCGUUUUAGUUAGAUAGUACAAUAAAGCAUAUGAGUCACUCAUUACCAA